GCCGGCGCCGCAGCCGGCCGACGGGACACACCGCCUCGCGGGAGGAGCGGCGGCGGCGGCGGGCGGACGGACGCCCUCACAGCACAGGAGCUGAAACUGACAGCCAUUCAUCAAAAUGCAGUGGAAUUUCAUUCGGACUGGCUCUCGGCUGGCAAAUGGGACAUGUUUGACAGGCCCCCGGGCUGGUUCCUUCUGGUACUGCCAGAGCGAAAGAGGACGUUCGGUCCUAGACGGUGCUGGAUGCGGGUUAGUCUGGGUUCACGGCCCUCAAAACCAGAGGCUCCACGUAGCUGCGGCCUUAUACGUCGCGAAGGAGAAGAAGCCACCGGAGGCUCAUCUUUCCCAGCCGGACGACUCUCAACAGAAACAGCAAGUGGAAGCGGUCUCGAAAGGGAGACCCGACCUUUCUCUCAACAAAACCCGAGGAGCUUCCAAAGACGCAGGAGAGGAGCUCGAUCCUUUACAAGACAAAUCGAUUAGUCUCUUCCAGCGAUUUAAGAAAACAUUUAGACAGUAUGGAAAAGUUAUGAUUCCAGUACACCUGUUGACUUCCAGUGUGUGGUUUGGAACCUUUUAUUAUGCAGCCAUGAAAGGAGUGAAUGUCAUUCCUUUUCUAGAACUCAUUGGGUUACCGGACAGCGUAGUAAACAUUCUGAAAAAUUCCCAGAGCGGAAAUGCGUUAACUGCAUAUGCCAUGUAUAAGGAAACAGCAACUUCAGACUGCUGCAACUGUUCCAUGCAUGCAAUUGCAACCCCUGCCCGAUACACCGUGACCCUGGGGGGAACAUCCAUCACCGUCAAAUAUAUGCGGAGCCGUGGCUACAUGUCAACCCCACCUCCAGUAAAGGAGUAUCUACAAGACAGGAUGGAGGAGACCAAGGACCUCAUCACCGAGAAAAUGGAAGAAACCAAGGAUAGACUGACUGGAAAAUUGCAAGAAACCAAAGACAAAGUUUCUUUUAAGAAAAAAGUGGAAUAGGAAUUUCCGGGCACCGUAGAGAAGCAAAGUCGUGCACUUUCACCCUUUGGAGACUAUGUCCGUGAGCCCCGACUCCUGAAUAUUCAUUUUGGCUGCCGGCCUUGAACCGCGCAUCUCCCAGGGGUUAAAGACUCCCAUCGAUCCUUUUAUAAAAGUCAGGUGUUACUUGGAAACUGACGGAAAUCAGUGUUUUGGGCCAGAGGGAACGAAUCCAGUGUUAGACUUUCACAUCUGCAGCAGCAGCAGUAUUUAUUAUUGGUGUUUGAUAGUCUGGAUACUUCUCCAAAAUCCGUAAUAUCACUUUGGCCGACCGCUCUAUUGCCCCCAGCACCGGGGGCAGGCGAGGCAAUCCGCUGCUGGGAUAUGGGCUUCCCUCACAGGGUGGGGACGCUGGGUCUUGACCUCCCGGUUAUCCGCUGGUCAGCCUUUAACUGCGUCCGGCUCUCAACUCGGGGGGCAACCUACUAGCGUCGGAGCUGCCAGUGAAGUCGUGGUGUGUGUGUGUGUUUUUUCUUUUUAACUGUGUCUCUAAAAUCAAAAUUCCUUCAGCCUAAAACAAAAAUAAAAACCCUAGCAAAAUGAGGGUGUUGUAAUAGCCAUAGAUCAUUAAAAAUUUUGAUUUUAUAAUAAUGAAUUAAGAUCAAGAACGUGUAUGCGAUCAAAUAAAACAUCGACUCUGUACAGAGA